CAAGCGAGCGAUUGGAGAGGGGUUUCGGCGCUUGCCUUCUAGCAUUGGCCUGUUCAGCUCGAAAUCGCCGCUGCACCCGGGUUCCCUUCUUGUCGGUCACAGAUCGCGAGGUCACUGAACAUGGAUGUAAACGGCGACACAGCUUCCCUGAAGCGGAAGCGCGAGCCGAAGGACGACCCGGCCCUCUCCCAAAAGAAGCAUCGCCGGAAGUCCAAACUCCAGGAAGUUAAUGUGAACGGGGAAGACACUACGAAUGGGGCGCCCCAACAGCGACCGGAUGGCGACGUCGACCUCCCGGAUGCUUCUUCACAAUCCUUAGCGGGGCCCGUCCAAAGCAAGUCACAGCCAUGGAGGUUGUCCAAGCCGAUGGGGGGAAGAAUGCUGGACAUCGAUCCCAUUUUCUCCCCUGACGAACGGCAUCUGCUUAUCACAUACAACACCUCAAUUCAGGUGUACUCGACCGAAGACUCCCUCCUUGUACGCAGAAUCGCCCUUCCAAUACCCGGGUCGGACGGCGAGAACGAGCUCGUGUCGACGCAUAUCGUUGCUUCGGUAUUAUCCAAGUGCGACACCGACUACGUCUGGGUUGCAUGUUCCGAUGGACGUAUUUGGUACCUCAAUUGGACGUCUGGUUCGGGCGUCGACGCCCCCUUCAAAGUCGAGGCCAAGAAGGUGCUGGAUAUGACCGUGGACGCGGUGGAGCUUGGCGGCAAGGCAGAAGAUGUCGUGCUGGUUCUGCAGAAGCUCACAUACAGCUCUGCGCAAAUAUUUGCCUACAACACCAAGGCGCUCUCGGCAGGGAGAGGCACGCUCCUGCACACUUACGACGAGAGCCCGCAAUUGCUGCAGUCUGUCGCAGGCGGCAGACUGAUCGUCGCCGCGGCGAAGGAGACGUUGCACAUAGGCCAGCUGAAGCCGAAGAAGCUGGCCUCCCUGGAUGACUUGGUGUAUCGCUUCGUCUGCUUUGAUGUCCCUGAUAUUGUCAGCUGCCUGAACGUACGGCACACCGUUCGGACGACCAAGAAAGGGGGUAUCGAGAUCCAAUCUGUGGAUCUUGUCAUUGGCGGUGCUCGGGGAGGUAUUUAUGUCUAUCAUGAUAUACUGUCCAAGCUGCCAGGGGAAGGAUCUGCUUCCUCCAAGGCAGGCUUGAUCCAACCGAGAAAGUAUCACUGGCAUCGCCGUGCGGUACAUAGCGUCAAGUGGUCCGAGGAUGGCAACUACCUCAUCUCCGGCGGUUACGAGACUGUUCUCGUCCUCUGGCAGGUCGACACCGGAAGGCUUGAUUUCCUACCCCAUCUUCUUGCAAGCAUCGAGAACAUUGUCGUCUCGCCUCGGGGAUCAUCGUACGCGGUUCAUCUGGAUGACAACUCGACCAUGGUAUUGUCCACUGCGGAGAUGAAGCCGACGAUGUACGUCUCGGGCAUUCAAUCACUGGUCCUGGGCGAUCGUCCGUCCAAGGACUCUCUGGUUCGUCGUGUCUGGCGCCCGGUCGACGAGAUCGCGACUCCGUUGGUUGCUGCCAUCAACCCUCAGAGUCCGUCACAGAUGUGCUUGUGCGUCGGCAAUGGGCAACAAGCCUCCCUGGGAGGGUCCCUAUCCACGCCACUUCUGCAGGUCUUUGACAUCUCGUCAUUUCAGGGCGUCACCAAGCACGCCAUUGCGCGUACCAAUCCUCCUGAAGCGAAUAUCACCAGCGAGGGUGCACCCAUUACAGAACCAACCGCUACAAAGCUCGCCUUCUCCCGGGACAGCAGGUGGCUUGUCUCCGUCGACGAGUGGCAGCCACCCGAACGAGAUACGGACGUCUUCUUGAUUGGUUCAAAAACGCCAGCGGAUGCGUGCCGAGAGAGGCGUGAGAUUUAUCUCAAGUUCUGGGAGGUCAGCGCGGACGGUCAAUCCUUGGAACUCGUGACUCGCAUCAACGACGCCCACCAUACUGAUCGAGCCGAGACAAUAUUCGACCUCGCCAGUGAUCCGACUUCCUCACGGUUUGCCACGAUUGGGAACGACGGAACAGUACGGUUCUGGACAUCCAGGAUGCGCAAGAGAGACGGGCUUGCGGCCACUGGGCCCGAUGGCGAACCGCUACGUAGUUGGACCUGCUCGCGGACCGUUUCUCUUCCCCUCUACGAACGGCAGGACGAUACCAUCGAGGUCGCCGAAAAUGAGCCGCGCAGUGGUGCGAUUACCUUCUCCGAGGACGGAUCCAUCCUUUUCGCCGCUUUCGGCCCUCCGUCCGGCGCACUGGUCGUCGCCAUUGAUACGGAAACUGGCGCCUUCAGGGAUGUGGUGUCGGGGAUGUUCAGAGGCGAAGUCAGGGCUUUGAAAUCCCUUGGAUCGUCCCUGAUCAUGCUCUCCGAGGACCUUGUGGUCUACGAUAUCGUGUCCGAUGAGCUGCUGCACAGCUACUCCCUCAAGGAGACAUCAGAGGCUGCCAAGCGACUGACCCAGGUCGCGGUCAACUACGAAUCACGGAGCGUUGCCCUCGUCGCACCCAUUCCGAACCAGAACCAGGAGAAACUGAAGAGAGGGACGAGGUCAGAACUUGUUGUGUUCAACAUUGACGAGGAGGAGCCUCAGCUUGUCAAGACCUUCUCGCAGCUGAUUACCUCGGUAUGCGCCGCUCCGUCAUCAUCUGGCUUCGUCCUGGUCGACUCAGCGGCCCAGAUCUGGUCCGUGACCCAAGGCAUAGAGCAAGCACCAAUGCUCCAACCCUUGGCGGACAUCGGAGUCGAUGUUAAUGCAGUUGGUGACGCGACACCCAAUGAGCUCCAGCUUCAGGAUGGUGAGGCCAGUGAUGAGGAGAUGGGGGAUGCAGACCAGGAUGUGGAUAUGGAGGACGAAGACGAUACACAUGCUGCUGUCGUGGCGCCUCAGCGUCUUGCUGAGAUCUUCAAUGCCGCCCCGGCCUUCGCCAUGCCGCCGAUCGAGGACGUCUUCUAUCAGGUGACCGGGUUGUUCUCUACCAAGCCUCUCAACGCUUAGUAUCAACCAAUCUC